AACCAGAAAAUGAGUGCGAUAUACUGAGAAUUUCACCACCCUGUUUCCCUUUUUAUCCUAUGAAUAGCGUGGCAGACUAUUUUAUCAAGCUAAUUACUGCCCGCACGAAAUCCCAUUUUCUCCGUGUCCUCCAACCCCAAUCUUUCCCCAGCUGAGGUGACGGCCCGCCCCACAUCCAUUAUGUCUCAAUCAUUGCGUCCUUACCUUCAGUGUGUGCGAUCCUCCCUCACAGCCGCCCUCGCAAUUUCCAACUUUGCUUCGCAGACAUCAGAACGACAUAACGUCCCCGAGGUAGAAGCGGCCACUUCCCCCGAAGUCCUACUAAACCCCCUUACGAUUGCGCGCAACGAAAACGAGAAGGUCCUCAUUGAGCCCAGUGUCAACAGUAUCAGAGUCAGCAUUCGAAUUAAGCAAGCAGAUGAGAUCGAGAAUAUUCUAGUGCACAAGUUCACGAGAUUUUUGACUCAAAGAGCAGAGGCCUUUUUCAUCCUGCGACGGAAGCCUGUUAAGGACUACGACAUUUCAUUUUUGAUAACCAAUUUCCAUACGGAGGCUAUGUUGAAACACAAACUGGUUGACUUUAUCAUAGAGUUUAUGGAAGAGGUGGACAAAGAGAUAUCGGAAAUGAAACUCUUUCUUAAUGCUCGGGCGAGAUUUGUGGCGGAAUCAUUUUUGACUCCUUUCGAUUAAUUAAUGACACGCCUUUGGGGACCCAUAGGCUUUAUACGAUGUUUAUUCUCUCUUCAGCGGCCUAGUACAUGUCUUUUUUUUUUUUUUUUUUUUUUGCCGGGUGAUAACUCGGAAUCUGAUGUCCCUUUUGACACUUUUCCUCUGUGUAGAUUCCAAUAAAACCCCUUGUGUUUCUAUGCUUAAACUUCUGUUCCAAAGAAGUGUUAAUUAUGCUAUCCAGCAUAGUUUUCUUAUCUUUCAUUUCUAUUAUCUCCUUCCGGCCCAAUAUGCACUUUCAUCAUCUAACUUCACUUUCCACCUCAUUAAUUUGGUAAUGUUCUACCACUGAAUCAUCGCCGAGGCUUUAACAAGCGCAUUGUCUUAAUUGCUUCUCCUCUGUUUUUUUCCGGCACCUCGAGGUUUUUUGGUUGUGCCUGCAGUCCUGUCCUGCUUGUUAAGCACCUAGGCUAGAUUGCUAUCCUGAUAUCUCUAUACCUUAAGUGAGCGGAGUCACUCCAGAUGCUGGGUAGGAACGCCAUUUCCGCUUUCUCUUUUGGAUACCGCCGACGCCUUACUUACGUAGGAUUUGGCUCACAUACAGAGCUAUGGCGAUUUAGAUUAAACCUGCAACAGUCAUAAAGCAAAGAGCUAAUUUUGUCCGAAACGGAGAGCAAACAACCCCAGGUAAAUGGUCUUUGUGAAGAGUCCGGAGCCCAAGGCACAUUUGAGUUUGGUUAUAAACAUCUAACAUCAUAUUGCAAGCUGAUCCACAGUACAACUACCCUUCCAGUAGUAACAUAUGCCUAUUGCCCAUGUGUCAAUUCUCUCGUGGUAGGUCCAGCUAAGGACUAAGCAGCACACAAACCCUAUGAAACUGUUUGAUUUUAA